AGUGCCUUGUGCACCGUCGUCUCACAUCAGGCCGCAUCCUGCGCCCCAGGUAGGUAGUGAAGGCGUGAUGGAUGUGUAAAAGCUAUAAGACGCAGCUGAAGGUUGCUUCGCCCUACUCUCUCCUUGCCGCGACCAACGUAAAUGUCUUCCUUAUUGUCCCUCCUCGGUCUGCGACAGUCCAACGAUGCACCGUCGCCAUUGAAGCAGCUCACAUCCAAGAAACCAUACAGCGUACCAGGCCCAUCCUUCGCUUUACGACGCCCCUUGACACCGCCCGGUCUUCCCGCCGCACCCUAUAUCGCUCGACCCCAACCGCAGAGUCCUCUUCUCUCGCUUCCUGUCGAGCUUCGUCUUCAUAUCUGGACUCUUGUCGUCGGACCUGGCCGGGCUGUUCCACUCGACUACUGGAAACAAGCUUUUGAAAGCAGAAAUGCUGCUGUCGUCGGCCUUCCUCUUGACGAUGGCGACUUGACCGGUUGGGAGACAGGCUUGCUGGCGUCUUGCAAGCAGACAUACACCGAAGUGCUGCCCAUGCUGUUACGUGCAAUGAAGAUCAAAACGCGCAUACCGGAUGUCAUGAUAAGGUUGCCUCAGCUACUGCCACCGCACAGGUUGCAUACUAUAAGGAAUGUGGAGUUUUUAUGGUUCAUACAUUGUCCGCCAGCCAUGGAUCCCAACACCAAGGCCGGACGCAAGGAGAAGGAGAAUGCAUUGCUACUCAAGGCUAUUUGUGAGCUUCUGGGCACAUUGGAUGGGCUGGAGGUCUUCAAGUGGCAUUUCGCAUUUAAUAGGAGUGGAUGGGAAGACGUUGAGCAGGCCAUACUGGACGAGAUCAACAAAGCUAGGAAAGGAAGGCAGGACUGGGAAGUCAUCUUUUACCAACAUCUCUCGCCAGGGACUGGUGGGAAAGAUUGGAAUGGUUUGACCAUUACUUACGCGAUCUGAUUCCGCACUUGAAAUCCCUUGCCGCACCUCCUCAGACAUCUUCUCCUUAUCUAGCACUUCGACAUCGUGGGCGAAUUGACCUUCUUGACCAUCGAUGCGCUGCUCAACCAUCUUCCCGGGUGUCCAUACAAGAGCAGAACGACAGCCACAACCAUA